UUAAUAGUUAAUAUGAAUGUUGUGUUUAAGUCGUCUAUGCUUCGUAUAUACUAUCGUUAUUUUUAUAGAAGCUAUAAAUGUGAAGUGUUGCUUUGGUUUUUGAUUCUCAGUUGAUGAAUUAUAUCAAACGGUUCAUACUUCUAUACUUCGGAUUUUCGUGGCCACAACAAUUUUUGACAAUGGAAUGGUACAGAAUCAAGGAAGCUGGCUGAAGCGAUUAUGUCAGUAUAAAUUGGUGCUAAACACAUUAAAUAAAAAGAAAAUAAAAAAAAUAUGUAUGUAUACAUAGAAACAGGCGUAGUGUUGGUUGACUUUUGUCGCCAAUAGUUGUGUAAACGAUGCCAAUUUGAAGGACCUCGUACUUUUCACCAAAAAAAUAAGUUUCUGACAUUUCUAAUAGAAAAUCUAAAUUGGUCGAAAAUUUCGGUAUGUUUUUUUUUUGCUUCCGAUCAAUACAGUAAACGAACAGGGAAAUUUGUGUAUCGUACAGGCCUAUCAAGCUGGCUCACCAGUUUUGGUUUUCGUUCCCUCCGCCGGGAACAUCUGGUGGAAGUUCUUCAAAUACAAAAGCAGGACCAACCGAGGAGGAAAAACAAAAGGAACGCCAGAAAAAUGAAAGUGCAGAACGUGAACAACAGAAACACCAGAAGAUCGAAGCCGCUAUCAUAAAGCGUGAGGCUCGCGAAGUUCGUCAACUGGACAACGAACUUUUGAAUCAGCGAAGAGCUCAAGAAAGAGAAAGACAAGCACAACUUGGAACCGAACGGGCAGCAGCGGCUACAACGGUUCUGAGUAAACUAGAUGGUGUGGCAUUGACAUCUACGGAAACUACGGUGAUUGGUUUUGAUUCCAAAUGUAUAAAUGAAAAGUUACCUAUCACCAGGAAAACCAAUGAUAGUAGCACCACGAUGUCAUCACAGGAACCCGGGCAAAUAUACCAGGAUCAACCAGAGGAGCAACUGCCUCAGCAGAUAUCACCAAUGAACGUGUCAUUAUUCGAUAAAUCUACAGACUUAGAUUAUCAAGUAGCAACACCAGCAGUACCAUUUGAAUUCAUAAAAAAUCGCCAGGAUUCUACAGAGAGUGAGUUGUCUAUUACAUACUCACAGUCACAAUCAGAAGCCUAUCAAAAGUUAUUGUGUCGUGCCCCUAUAGCAUCACUUGAUUGCAUGGAGGAAUUCAGUGGUACGACAGCCCAGCUAGAUUUUGGUCGAUCAAUCAGUUUGGGUUCAAAUCCUGCUAUACCUAUACGGAACAAUGCUACGACCACACCAGGAUUACGUUACAAAAAUAUUGGUAAAAGUGGUCUUAGGGUGUCUAAUGUUGGUCUCGGCACGUGGCCAAUAUUCUCACCCGGAGUUUCAGAGGAGCAGGCUGAAGCUAUUUUACGACUAGCCGUUGACAGUGGCAUAAAUCUUUUCGAUCUGUCGGAAGCUCAUUCGGGAACCCGAGCUGAAAUUGAAUUGGGAAAAAUAAUCCAAAAAGCAGGAUGGAAACGAACUAGCUUCAUUAUAACAACCAAAAUUUACUGGAGCACCAAGUCAGAGGAACGAGGGCUGUCCAGGAAGCACAUUAUAGAGAGCGUCCAAGCUAGUCUACAACGAUUACAAUUGUCGUACAUUGAUAUUAUUCUCGUACAUAAGGCUGAUUCGAUGUGCCCAAUGGAAGAAAUAGUUCGAGCGAUGAAUUACGUAAUCUCUCAAGGUUGGUCAAUGUAUUGGGGUACAGCAAGAUGGUCACCUGUCGAGAUCAUGGAGGCAUACACAAAUUGCAGGCAAUUUAACUGUGUGACUCCCAUUGUGGAGCAGGCAGAAUAUCAUAUGUUCUGUAGAGAGAAAGCAGAACUUUAUCUUCCUGAAAUGUAUAAUAAGAUUGGCGUAGGUUUCAUGGCCUGGGGUCCCCUUUCGAUGUGUUUAAAUGACACACAGCACGGGGAGAGACUAUGGUUGCCUAAAGGAUCGUUCAAAACGAAAAGUCAGAGUUACUCUUGGACAGAAGAUGAAGUAAACAAAGAGGAUCGUUUGGAAGAAACGAGAAGAAUGUAUGACAAAGCAAGAGAUAUCAGUAACCUAGCUGAAAAGUUAGGAUGCAAUGCAAUGCAACUAUCCAUUGCAUGGUCUUUGAAGCACGAAGCAGUUCAUUGUUUAUUAUUAGGAGCCACAUCUGCAGAACAGCUUCAUCAAAGUCUGCAAGCUUUACAGCUUUUACCACGACUUUCAACCGGAGUCAUGUUGGAAAUUGAGCGUAUUUUGGACAACAAGCCCAUUAGACCACCUCCCAUCUCAACACUUGCCCUUCGGUGACAAUCAGCCUGCCCUCCGGGGCCUCCUAGCUCAACGGGAGUGCCUUGUGGGGCAGAAUCACCAAAGGAAGAAGAACUCAGCAUGGGUGAAGAUCAAAAAGAAUCCCAGAAAAUUAGCUUCUGUGAAAUUCAGUGACAACAGGG